AUGGACGGCAAAGACAACGGCGUGAGCCACAUGCCCGACAAGGAAGUGGCCUACCCUGUCGAGAAGGAAGCUGUCUAUGACCCGACCACCGAGAAGCAGAUCAACCAAAACGAGCAUAUUGCUGAUGCUGGCGCCCGUCGCGAGUCUGUCGCGCACAACAUCGUCGAGAAUCCCCUAACGCGUCAGACCAAGGCCGAAUGUGUCAGUGUUGCCGAGCAAUGGGCUGCCACACAUGGCAUGGAGGAGCACGCAGCCCUCUUCGGAAAGGCUGCUCUUGUCGCGCGCGACCCUGACCGCUUUGAGAUGCUCACCGACCUCACUCAAGAGGAGCGCGAUGCUCUCAUCUACGAACGCGACCACAAGUGGCAUGGACCCACCAUGCUGUGGUACUCAAUUGGUCUGUGUGCCAUUGGAGCCGCCACUCAGGGUUGGGACCAGACUGGAUCCAACGGAGCCAACUUGUCCUUCCCUCAAGAAUUUGGUCUCACAGAGGGUGAAAGGAGUGAAUGGAUUGUCGGUCUCAUCAACUCCAUCAUUUUCUUGACAGCCGGUCUUAUCGGCGCUUUUAUCGUCGACCCCCUCAACAAGUAUCUCGGUCGUCGCGGAGAGAUCUUCCUCACUGCUGUCUGCCUUACGGCUACUCCUAUCGGUUCUGCAUGUGCGCAAUCAUGGGAAGGACUAUUCGCUGCACGCUUCAUCAUGGGUAUCGGAAUCGGCGCAAAGAAUGCCACUGUCCCAAUCUACUCUGCUGAGAUGGCUCCACAUCGAAUUCGAGGCGCCCUGGUCAUGUUUUGGCAAUUAUGGGUCGUCAUUGGUAUCUUCCUCGGUUUCUGCGCAAACGUCAUUGUCAAAGACACUGGUAGAAUCUCAUGGCGCCUGCAGCUUGGAUCAGCCUUCAUCCCGUCCUUCAUUCUCAUGGUCGGCAUCUUCUUCUGCCCAGAGUCUCCUCGUUGGUUGAUGAAGCAUGGCAAGGUCGCCAAGGGCUACCAAUCCAUGGCUAAACUGCGUGCACACCCCAUCAUCGCCGCCCGCGAUUACUACUACUCGUACGUCAUCUACGAGACUGAACUCGCCGUUGCACGUGGAGCAGGCUACUUUGACCGCAUGUGGGACUGCUUCCGUGUACCCCGCAUCAGACGUGCCAACUACGGUGCUUCCACUGUCAUGAUUGCUCAGCAAAUGUGCGGUAUCAAUAUCAUCUCCUUCUAUAGUUCGACCAUCUUCACGCAGGUCGGCUACAGCCCGACACAAGCCUUGUACGCUUCUCUCGGUUACGGAGCAAUCCAAGUUGUGUUCACUAUUCCUACGCUCUUCCUUAUCGACACUAAGGGUCGAAGGACCCUUUGCAUGUGGACUUUCCCCUUUAUGUGCAUCUUCUUAUUGGCCGCCGGUUUGUCCCUGCUCCAACCAGAGUCUGCCAGCCAAGCUGCUCGUAUCGGACCCGUCGUCUUGUUCGUCUACCUCUUUACGAUCAUGUAUUCCCUCGGAGAAGGACCAGUCGCAUUUCAGUACUCUGCCGAGGUUUUCCCUACCAUCCAGCGUGAGCAGGGAAUGGCCUGGGCUGUUUGCAUCAACAACACCUUCGCUGGUGUUUUGUCGCUCACCUUCCCUCGUAUGGUAUCGGUCAUGUCACAGACUGGUGCUUUUGGUUUCUACGCUGGUCUCAACCUGAUCGCCUGGUUCAUGAUCUUCUGUUUCGUGCGUGAAACUAAGCAGCUUACGCUGGAAGAACUGGAUCAAGUUUUCAGUGUGCCUACCAAGACCUAUCUCCAUUACGAGAUUACGGAGUCAGUGCCUUAUUUCAUCAACCACACGAUUCUUCGUCGCAACGUGCCCAAGCCACCCCCGAUCAUCGAGAAGGGUCUUGCUCCUGAUGCGCAAGGAGCGAUCAUCAUCGCUCCAGACUAUCCUCUUGGCCCAGAAUCCAACUACGUUGACAUCUGCAACUCUACCCGCGACUUCCUAAGGUGGUACAAAAAAGAUGAAUGCUUCAAACAUGGAAAUGACUCAAAGAGCGAGAGCUGGCAGGAGUGGAUUGUCAAGAAUAUCAACAAGAGGAACGUUACUAUAGACAAAGACCGCCUAUACGUCGAGGGUGAGAGUGCUGGCGGUCAUUCUUCAGUCGUGGCAAUGCGGAUCAACGUGGCUAAAAACGAACCUAAACUCAGUAUCAAGUCCUGCGUCCUCCACUACCCGAUGUUGGCCCAUUGUGUGCGCAACUUCCCUCCAAAGAAUAUGGACAACGGCAUGGUAACUUACAUGUGUGAACGCUUAGCGCCUUCAGACGUCGACAGACGCGCCCGAGAGGUAGUAACUGCUAUCAACGAGCUCGAGAACCAGGGAUCGGUACCUACACGCACCAAAAGCUAUGCGCCCCAAGCAAUGUCAGCCACCUUGCUUGUUUCUAUCACCAAGUUAUGGCAGCCGGUAUUCCAACGUCACCAUGGCAGUGCAAUAGGGGGAGACUUUGAACCUGCCAAUGCUGACUUCGUGGACUGUCUCGCACGGGUCGAUAGGUACGUAGACUACGUUGACCACAAGUUCCUUCCACCCAUCGCCAUGUAUCAUUCACCCAAGGAUCCUAUCGAGAACACCAGGAAGUUCCGCGAUAUCUUUACUCAGGAGUAUCCAGUGUAUAGGGCGAGGCAUGCCAUCCUAUUGACAGAAGUCAGUCACCUGAACUGGAAGUACUUGCCCCUAGAGGGGGAAGAAGGAAAGGCGCGUAGGACAGAGUGUACGUGGAAGAGGCUGACCAGGUGGGCCUGCUCUUGA